AUGUCAUCUUCUACAACAACAACAACAUCAGCUAGUAAUAGUAGUAUUAAUGGUACCAAUAAUAUUACAACCACAGGCAAUAGUCUUACAAUUAGUGGUGGUAUUAACAAUAGCAACCCAAGUAAUAUAAGUAAUAAUAGCAAUAGUGUCACAUUAAUACCCAAUAGUAAUAGUAUUAAUAAUAGUAACAACAACAACAAUAAUAAUAGCAUUAGUAAUAAUAAUAAUAAUAAUAAUAAUACACCAAAGAAAGUUAUAAUCGUUGAUAGUAGUAUAGUUGAAUGUGGUAUUUGUUAUAGUAAUCAAUUUAGUAAAUCUUAUAGUUGCGAUUAUUGUGAUUUUUGGACAUGCGAAUCAUGUUUACCAUGUUAUUUAAGUAAACAAUGUCCAAAAUGUAAGAGAGCAUGGCCAAAGAUACCAAAAAGAAAUUACACUAUAGAGAGAUUGGUUGAGGAGGCACAGGUACCAUGUGACAAUUAUUCAGAUGGUUGUGUAAAGAAAUUCAAAUUAAAGGAUGAAAUGGGCAAGAAAGCACUUCACCAAGACCAAUGCCCCUACAGAAAGAUACCAUGUCCAUUGGGUAAGAUAUUAGGUUGUCAAAUGAAUACCAUCGUAUCACCAGAGGAUAUGGAGAAACAUUUUGAAAAUCAUCAUAGAUUAGAUAGCGUUUAUUUACAUGAUCAAGAGAGAGAGACCGAAUUCUUUAGAAUGACAAUGAUGUCACCAUUACCCAAAGGUACCGAAACAUCAUGUCUCCUAUUGAAACAAGAACAACAUACCAUUUUAUUUAUUUCAACGGGUGAGGGUGUUUUUAGAAGUUUUCUAUUCCUCUUUGUUACACCACCACCAAAACGCUACCAAAUCAGAGUCUAUGGCACUAGUAGUUCACAAAUUAAAAUCAACGAUAAACCACAAAUUUGGGCGGAUAUUUGUGAUACAUUACCAUUGGUUAGCUUUACAAUUAGUCAACAACAAUACCUAAAAUGGAGUCAUUCAACUACAAGUCGUUCAUUUUAUAUUCAUCUAAAAGCGAUUGAUGAAGAGGAAGAAGAAGAUGAUGAUGAUGACGAAGAAGAAGAUGAUGAAGAAGAAGAUGAAGAUGAUGAAGAUGAAGAUGAAGAUGAAAAAGAAAAAGAAUCCGAUGAUGAUAGUAGUAGUGGUGGUAGUGGUAAUAAUGGUCAUAAAGAAAAAGAAAGAUUUUUAAAGAAAUUAAAAGUUAAAUAA